CGCGCAAUACGUUCUUCAACUAUUUUUAGCGGAUUACGUGAGUGUCGUCGCUUCAAUUUUUCGAGUCGCUGGCUUCUGUGAAUUUGUGAUUUUGUGAAACCGCGAAUCAAAGUGCCUUGCAAUUAGAAAUUAUGCCAGUCCAGUGAAGUGUACUGAAAAGUGUACAAGAGAAAAAUCACGGAUACUACAACAGCAGCAGCAGCAGCAGCAACAACAACAACAACUGCAACAACAACAACUGCAACAAGCUAACAACCUGUCGUUCGAAAAGCGUUAACAAUAAAUAAACGAAACAAUAGCAGCCGAGCAAAUAAUAACAAUAACAACAAUUGCAACAACGGCGACAACAUUGGCGGCGUCAAUGUGGCACAAAGCCAACUGAACAACAACAGCAACAACAGCAGCAACAACAACAACAACACACGGCUUUAUAACAAUGACGAGAGAAGAUCUGUAGUUGCAGGAAAUUGGGCUCUGCGAUGACGAAUUAUUAAAUCAAAUACAAGUUCCGGCGCUAAGCGAUUUCUUGACGACAACGACACAUAUUAAUAACGACAAUAAGGUAGCCAAAAAUAUAAGGACAAAGACAGGCCAAGUACACGCCCACCAUCACUCCCUAUCCAAGCCCACAUAGAAUCACAGUGAAAUGCACGAAAGACGCGUAAAAAAAUUAAAGGGUGGCCAUUACGUGGCCACUCACGGACGACUUACGCCAGAUCCGCCCUACGUGCACUCGAAUCGCGGCUACUCCACCGACGGCGAAGAAUCGCAUCGGGCCCCCUCCGAACGCACCUACUCCGAAUAUACGCUGGCACACGAACGCGUCUCGCCAUCGGCUCAGGGCCAAUACAAUUCAUCGCGCAAGAAACGCGCCACGCCCAAUGGUCAACAGCAUCAGAACCUGCAGCAUAGCUAUAGCCACAGCCAGAUGGGUCUGUCCAGUUCGCCGGCACCGGUUGGCUUAUCGCCGCAUGCGGACAAUGGCGGACCACGUUCGUUGGGGCCGCCACCGACACGACAGCCACCGCGCGCUCCGUCGGCCCUAAGCUACGAUCAUGGAGGAGAUGCGGGCAGUGACAUUUAUGUAACAAGUGCCGCCUAUAAGGCGCCCUCUGAAAUCAGUCGGUACAGCCAGCGCCCCAUGUCCCGAGGAGCACCAAGAAGUGUCUACUCAGUGGCCAGCACGGCGAAGACAGGGCGCAGCGCACGUUCGACCACAAAACGUGGCGCGAAGAUCGAGACCAUGUCUGCGCCGAACCCUUUCUGUCCGAAUGUCAAGGGCGUCUGCUGUCUAAUGCUGUUACUCAAUUUGGGCCUAAUAUUGGUCACCUUGGGGUUUGUUGUUGUGGUGCAAUUCUAUGAGCCGCUCUAUGUGUGGAUCUUGGGCAUAAUUUUUCUCAUCUUUGGGUUCCUCACGCUAAUCGGCUGCAUGGUGUAUUGUGUAUAUGUUUGUCGCGACGCAAAGACGCCGUCGCAGGUGCGAAACGAGGACCUCUAUUGGACGCGCCAUUGGCAGAAGAAUAUAGGCUAUACGCCACAGGAGAUUAAUUACAAGGCGGACAAAUAUGAUGCCUAUUCGGAUCGCUAUUCGGUAAGCAAGCUGAGCGGCAAGUAUUCGGAUCGGGAAAGCCAACGCUACUGAAACACGCCGAAGGAUAUAGCAGAGGCGACAACAUGCAUUGCACAAGCCGACAUUUGUCUGUGUAAUAAAUAGUACAUACUACAAAUAUAUAUGUAUGUAUAUCUGUCUAAUACAUAGGUCUUAGUCUUAAAUGGUUAUUAACAAGGCCUCAACGUACCUGCUGCAAGCUGCUUGCUAGUUUGUAUGUUUUAAUCAUAGCGAAGAAAGAGAGUGAGAGUACGGAACGAAGAAAUUUGCCAAAAUGUGCGGCAUUAUAUAAUGUAUUUAAUGAUAUCUGCCAUAUUUGAGAAGGGAAGCGCGAGUAUAAAGUACAUACGUAUGUGCGUCAAACUUUAAAUUGUCUCUUUGGCCCUCUAACCCAAGCAACGAAAAUUUGUUAAAAUUCUAACCAAAAUACUUUUAACACGCGAAAUAAAACCAAUAAAAAAUAUUAAUAUAAA